UUAAGAAAUGUGUACUGCAUGUUGUGUACAGUAUAAAAGUUCAAACUAUACAUUUCUAAGGUACAACUGUGCAAUGGAAAGUUAGUGAAAAUUUCGAAGUUAGCUGAUGGGGAAGUUUAGUUUUUCGAUGCUGUUUCCAGUUCUUGUAGUUCUACCCUCUAUAUGCUGUGUUGCCUAUUCACUCUACCUAGAUGAACAGUUUUUACCUCAAGUUAUACCAGGAGAACAUGGAAAUAAUGAAAUGUUAGAAUAUAACACACGGGAUAUUCCCAAAGUCCGUAGUUUCAACGAACUUUUUCCAGUAGAAGAUGGAAACCUAGAUCUUCCCAACACAAAAGUGUUUGAUUCACAAGCUGAAUCUAGAGAUUCUGAAAAAAAUAAUCUUGCAUCAGCAGUCCUGGUUUUACCUGGAGAUAAUGAUCCUGCGGCAGAAACUCCUCAAGUACCCGGAGAAAAUGAUCCUUUGGUAGAAACUCCUGGUAUACCUGGGAUUAAUGGAGUCAUUGUGGGAAAUGAUCUUACAGUGAAUACUCAUGAAGUACCUUUAGAAAAUGAUUUCACGGUAGAAACUCCUAAAUUACCAGUGACAAAUGGCCACAAAGGGGCCUCUACACUAGGAGUAAAUUACCAUGCAUUAGGAGAACCUGGAGAACAUGCAACUGAUCAACUCAACCCUGAAACAGAUAAGGAUUCACAGAUCUCAAAUCCUAGUGAUGAAAUAGAACAUGUUUAUGAAGAAGAUCCUUAUGAGAACAUUAAUUGGCAACAUAUCUACGGAACAGGGCGUCUAGCCUACACUGCUACAGACCCGGAUAAAUAUUUUUCAAAUGAAAUUUACGAGACGAGAGAUUCUAGUUGUCGUAUAAUAGAGGAUACUGUUUAUGUAGACGAAUGUGUUCCCUUUACAGAAAAAACCUGUCAUACACAGCAGAAAGAACAAUGCAGUGAAAUCCAGGAGAAUAACUGUACUGCUGAAAUUGAUACUAUUAAGGAGGAGGUUUGCUUCAAUGUGACUGAUCUGGUUUGUCAGCUGAUAGGACGGGUUGAGUACAAGAUACAGGACAAAUCUACCCGUUUUGAAUGUACCAACAGUUCCCGUACUGUUUGUAAUUCUGUUUCUCUACUAGAGAUGGGGAACAAGGAUACGUAUCAAUGUGUAGAUCUAGAGAAACAGUACUGUUGGGUAGAGGAGCAGGUAAAAGAUGAGAAAAUUUGUAUUUACUCAGUGGAACAUGAUUGUGAUGUUUACAAACACGAAGAUAAGGAACCAGUUUGUGAGAAGACACCGACCACAAGAUGCUACAGUACUCCAAGAAAGGUUAGGCAGGAAAAAUGUGAACCAGUCAGUAGCAGAGUUUGCCAAAAACUAACUGAGCGUAUUCCCAACCCUACACAGAUACAGUCCUGCAGAGAGGUUCCAGUUCAACUAUGCUCUCUAGUUCCUUCAUCUUAUCCCGAGAGAGAUGACAGUUUAGAAAAAGAGGAAUCUGGUGACUCCUUAGUCAAACCAGAGAAGGUUAAAAGAGCCCCCGCCGAUAUUGAGAUGGAAGGAAAUCCUUCUGGAUACCUAGAGAAGGUGAGCACAUCUUCUGUCUAUCAAGAGAAAGUUGACAGUACUCCUUCCUACACGGAGAAAGAUGGCAGUUCUCCUUCCUACCUUGAGAAGGGUGCCCGUUCUCCUGUUGACCCGGAGAAGGUCGGGAGUUUUUCUACGAGCCCUGAGACGGUUGGCAGUUCACCUGCUCUAUCGGAGAGUUUAAACAGUUCUCUUGGUAUUCCGGAGAAGGUUGGCAGUUCUCCUUUUAUACCGGAGAAUUCUUCCGUCAACCCGUAUAAGGUGGCAAGCCCUCCUACUGAUUCUGAAAUGAUAUCUCCUGAAUCAAGCCCAGAGAGGAUUGCAGCAUAUAUUUAUUCAGAGGACUGUAAACCUGUUCUAAAAAAGGUUUGUGAGAAUAUUGGGAAGGUUGUGCUCCGACCAGUGUGUAGAGGGUUGAGGAGGAGCUCCUGUAUCUACUACCCCCAGGAGACUUGUAAGGAGGAGGAGAAGAAGUACUGCUAUAAGACUGGUAGAACCUUAACACGCACAGUUUGUAAACCAAAAACCAGAGAUAGAGUUUAUCAAUCCAUAACUUAUCUUUAAAUUUACAGUCUUCUGCUGUACUUUCUGUUUCUAUUGAUUUAACCUAUGACUUAUACAUAAUAUAUAUUUCAUGAAAACUAAUUAAAAAAAAUAAAGAUCUUUUAAAUUUCAAA